GAGAGAGAAGUUUGUUGUUCCAGUCUCUGGUCGGGGCUCAAGAGGUGUCCUUGACUUCCCUGAUGACAUUCACUUUACAUCAUCACCAGUUAAAUACAAAUCAUGUAAGACUAUUCUGGUAAGGAAUGUUGGCAAGAAAGAAGCUAAUUUCAAACUAGAAACAAACAAGCCAUUCUCUGUAUCUCCCUCUCACUCCAUACUACCAGUUAAUGGUUGCACUCAAGCUAAUGUAGAGUUCCUACCAAACAACACUGGAAAUUAUACUGGGGAACUAACCAUUCACUAUGAUACUGGUGAGGUGGUGUAUGUACAAUUGUAUGGGACUGCUAUUGAUGUUAAUGUGAGACUGGAUAAGAGCUCAAUACUAAUGGAGAGCACUUACAUUGGACUGUGUUCACAGAGAACAUUAACGUUACACAAUCGCACUGAUAUUGUUUCUCACUUUGAAUGGAAACUCAAAUCAACAGUAGAUGAAGAAGAACUACACAGAGACAUUAUAAAGCAAGAGUUAAGUGAUGAAGAGGCCAGUUCAAAAAGGUCAUUACUUGAUCGUUGUGUUCACAAUCCUUACCUGAGGGACAGGGUCUCUAUACUUGAUCAUAAUUUUGAUAAAAGGAAAGCACUUAUUAAUAAUGAAAGGUUUCUAUUUUAUGAUGAUGUUUUCUCCAUUGAUCCGGUGGAAGGUGAACUGUGGCCUCACUCACAAAUUGAUGUUACUAUUUCCUUUCAACCAGAGAAGGCUAAAAAUUAUUCCAGUGUAGCAUAUUGUGAUGUGACUGGUAGAGAGAGCAGGCUCCCCCUUAGGUUAAAGGGAGAAGGACUAGGACCUAAGCUUCGAUUCUCAUUUGAUUCGCUUGACAUUCAAAACAUUUUUGUCAAUUCUGCACACGCAUAUGAG